AUGAACAAAACCGCCGAAGACCUGCUCGACAGUUUGAAGUGUGCUUCAAAAGAUCUUUCCAGUGCUCUGACCUCUGUUACAAUUAAGUUUAACUGUAUAUUCAUUUCAACAAUUGUUUUAAUCAGUUAUUGUUUUAUUUUGCUAGCAAUUCAAGCUCUUUUGAGGCAUAAUAUAUUUUCAAAUUCCACAAGGCUAAUUUUAAUAGUGUGCUUGUUGAAUUCAGUGGUCCACCAGACAACGAUGAUGGAGACGCGGGUGCGUCAAAUUUACCGAAGCUUCCUUUUUGCAUCCGAUCCUUGCAAACUACUAUAUCGCUCAUCCGACUGUGUCGUUGACCUCUAUUUCUUUUUCCUCACUGGAUAUUUCUCCACCUAUUCAGUUUUUUCUCUCACUUCUGACAGAUUGGUAUCACACUACAAAUCAAAAUUCUACCACACGCAUCAAUACUUUAUCGCGAUUUCUCUGCUAGUCAUCCAGCUUCUGCUCACACUCGUAUCAUUCUACAUCGCAUUCUAUGGAGUCUCGUUAGCUGGUUAUGUGUCAGUGUGCAUUCAGUAUCCGAAAGCAGCUGUGCAAUAUGGCACAAUCAACACCGUUCGCACUAUGGUCAUGGUUUGCUGUCUUAUAGUCACGGGGUUUACAUAUUAUCUAAGCGUGAAGUCAGAGAAACAAAUCCAAAAAAUCAGUUAUUCUCCUGGAGAGCGAUAUUCUGCAUACGAGAAUAUUACAACAUCCCAAUCAGUGUGUAUUUUCAUUAUUCUUCAGCUUUCAUGCGUUAUGCUAACGUCAAUCGGAAUGAAUUUGCUUCUGAUGAUGGGAGAAGCAAUGUCAGAAGGAACAUUCACCACGAUUGCAUUGUUCCUACCGGGCAUAACCUACGCUAACUUAUGUCUUCCACUUGUCAUCUACUUCAAGACAAAGCUUACUAUUCGAAAUCGAAAAUUUCGAAUUGCAGUCAUGACAUCCAUGUAUGGAGAUGCCGGAGAGCAUAUUGCUCGGCUGAAGAAGAGUUGGGAAUAA